UUUACUUAAUUGGAAUAAAACACAGUCAUGUCAUUUAGGUCAUUUUGGUCCAUUGACAACUACAUGUUUAAUUAAUUACAAAAAGAAUAGUCUUGUUAGUUCUUAGUUUCAUGAUCUGAACUUUGACGUCAGACCUGAUUCUGAGAUACUUCGUGAUAGGGCAGAAUCCGGACGUCUUCGCAGGAAGUGGUUAACCUUUUGCAGAGCUGUAUCAGAUUAUCUAAAAAGAAAUAUAAAACUAGCUUAUUUUGACAAUUUCUAAGCUUCAUAAGUCUGAUAUUAACAUGUAAAACUAUGACAGAUUUGUAGUGAUACUGUUACAUAUAACUUAUAAGCAGUGUGAAGAAAAGAAUUAGGGACAAUACGGACCAUGGGACGACCCGGACCAGACAACCCGGACCAUAUUUGGGACAACCCGGACCAUGUUCGAGGACGACCCGGACCACGUUUUAGGACGACCCGGACCAUAAAUAUAAUAAUAUAUAUGUGAGCAAUAUUCAUUGUCAGUAAACUUCAUUUAUCGACAAACGUUUUGGAGGAUCUUAUCGUGGACGACCAAGACCAUCAUUUAAUGAAGUUUUGUAAUCCUUUAACUGUCAUUAAAAUUGUCAAGUGUGUCUAUUAAACAUGAUUAUUGAAAUAAUUGCAAUUUUGUUUGCCUUUUCAUGUAGGCGCAACAUACGUAUCUUUAAUCAUAUGUUAAUUGAGAUACUUACCUUUUCAUGUUUUAAAUGUCUGACAUACGUAUCUUUAAUCAAACGUUAAUUGAGAUACUUACCUUUUUAUGUUUUAAAUGUGUGACAUACGUGCCUUUAAUCAUACGUUUAUUGAGAUACAUAAAAUGUGAUAAUGCUUAUUACCAAAUAAAAUGUGAUAAUGCAACAAUGUUAGUCUUUCAUCUUUUAAAACGUGUAACAUACAUGUUUUAUUCCUUUUUCGUGAGUAAUAUUUGGUAAAUGAGAGGGAGAUAUAUAAAAGCCACACAAUCCAUUUAUUCCAUACUUGCUUUUUAUCAGUAUUCUCUGACUUUCCUUCAGUGUGCUAUAUUUUAACUUGGAUUAUUUGCUUAGUGUUAUACUAGUAUUUUGUUUAAUUGUGGAUUAUUAAAAAACGUGCUUGUGUUCUGUACUUUGUUAUUACUUUGUUAUUUGUGUCUGUGUGUAUGGUGUAAGUUAUGGCGGAAAACUGUGUCUUUUGUGAUAAAUUAGUGCGCUCUCGACAGCAGGCAGUGUCUUGUGACGUAUGCACAAAGUGGCAGCAUCGCACGUGUAACACGGGUAAGUUUGUUUUAAUUCGAUAUAGGUAAUAAUAUGAUAUUAAAGACUAUUCAUUUAUAUUAAUUAAGACUUACGAAGAAAUACACAUUUCCGUAUUAAACAGUGAUGUGUUUUUUAAUAUCUAAUCCAUUAAUAUAGGGUUGUUUAUUAUUAGCUGAUUGACCAAAUUCACCUACUGUAAUACUUCAACUCACCUGUACUAUCACGGCAUUACUAAAAAGCACACGUGACCAGAGGUGAUAAUUCAAUUAUUGAUGCUGUGGUAUUAACGGGGUAUAGUUCAAUUAGCGUUAUUAACGAGGUGAUAAUUCAAUCAACCUAUGUUGCGUAUUAAAGCGGUGAUAAUCACAGAUUUUUGUUUGUGAAAAAAUUGCAGCUGUAUUGUCUCACCAAAGUACACAAAUCAAUAUUAAAGACAUGAUAAAAUUAUAUAAUAAACAUGUAAUUUGCAUAACACAGUUUAUGACAUGUAAUGCCAAUAAAGUUAUGUUAAAUACAUGAACUUUGUCACUCUUUAGUGCAGUUAUAAGAGACUACUUAAACAUAUUAUUUAAUGAUAACUGAUGAAAAACUGUGAAUAAUGAUUUGCUCAAAACGGGAUGGAAUUUGAAGUCGCACUUUGUUCUUUAUAGUAUAUUUCUCGAUUCAAAUUAUAUACUUACAAUGUUGUUUUCAUCAUUUGAAAAAAAAAAACAAAAAACAACACUUUAUUACAGGGAUAAGUGUUACACAGUAUAGAGCUGCUGUACGUGAUGGAACAACUCUCCAGUUCACCUGCUACCUUUGUAAGAACGCCGUGCCCGAACCAAUGGACGUUACAGAGUCAGACCAGGAUGCCGAUAUGACUGUCAAUUACAGUGAAAUUCCAGACACAUCUUCACAUCUGCCGUUAAGGGUCCCAUCAAUUGACGAACCACUGACGAGCACUAGGUUGUCAGCUGCCGAUAGUAUUAUUACCGAAUCUACAACCGUGAGAUCUGAUGAAACGAUGACUAACGAUGAUUCAGACUUCGACGUCACACGUCCUGAUAGAGAGAUGCCCGAAGAGAUUCAGGAAACAACCCUAGCGGAUGAGACGGUAAACAACGCGCCAAACCAGGCACCAGUCACAUAUGAGGUAGUCGAGGGAGGGUCCGAACGGGGGUACAGCAAGCUGGUGUCGUCGAAUGGGUAUGCGUUUGUGAAGAAGCGAACACUUGCGAACGGUACAAUCGAUUGGAGGUGCAGCGUAAGAAGUAAAGGUAGUGGGUGUCCAGCAACGAUUAAACAGUUCCAGAAUACAUUCCGAGUCGCAGGGGGAUCUCACAACCAUCAGGCAAAGCCAGGUCUAGUGACAGCCAUAAAGGUGAAAAAAGAGGUGAAAACGAUUGCCAAGACGAGGUUAUUUGAAUCUGCUAGCGUUGUGGUGAAAUCUGUAACAGACGAGCAUCAAAGGCCAGAACAGCCCGAAGGUUCCCGAUCUAGUCACGACGCGCUAUUGAAGAUGUGUAACCGCAGCCGUAAGGAACUACGCCCGAAGGACCCGACCGGUCUCGACUUUGAGCUUGAUGAAGAAUUCCUCCAAGAACUAGGUGAAGACUUCUACAGGGUCACUGUCCCAGCGAAAGAACGACGACACGUCAUCUUCGCCACAAACUACCAACUAGAGCUUCUUCAGAAGGCAAAGACUUGGUAUGUAGAUGGUACAUUCAAGGUAGUGAAGCAUCCGUUCGUGCAGCUGCUAUCAAUCCACGCCUUUGUCAAGAGCGACGACAGUAUGAAACAGAUGCCGCUGUGUUACGUGUUGAUGUCGGGGAAGUCUAAGAAAGACUACAAAAAGGUGUUCCAAGCUGUCCUUCGACUGUUACCAACGACCCAUGUACAGUCAUUUGUGGCCGACUUUGAAGCAGGGAUCUGGCAGGGAUUGCGGUCCGUGUUUGAGGAACCUGAAAUCAAAGGAUGUGCGUUCCAUUUCGGCCAGGCACUGUUCAGAAAGGUGCGAGAUAGUGGAUUACAGACUGCCUAUACUGAGCGUGACGCCGUCUACCGCCUACUCAGAAAGACCUUCGCGUUACCACUGCUGCCUGCCGAGGACAUCCCAGCAGCAUUUAACAAGCUUCGAGAGAAAAGCAACGAUGAGCGGCUCAACGCGUUCUUUGAGUAUGUACAAUCAACGUGGAUUAACAACGAUUUGUGGCCAGUGGCGUUGUGGUCCGUGUUUGGGAGGUCGAUACGAACGAACAACGACGUAGAGGGUUGGCAUGCUCGUCUCAACCGCCGUGCUUAUAAGGGCAACCUUCCAUUCUACCUGCUGGUAGACCUUCUCUUCAGAGAAUCGAAGGACAUUCCCAUUCAAGUGAAGUUGGUGAGGGAAAACAAGUUACGACGCCACCAAAAGAAGGCAAGUCUUACCACGCAGGGAAAGUUAAUGACUUUGUGGGCCGAAUACUCAAGAAAUGAACGGUCAACGCGCAGCCUUUUAGAUGCGUGUGCAUCUAUGUACGGACCAGUUUAAAAGUGGUAUUAAGUGUAUUAAGCACUCUUUAUCGGCUGCAGUGUUACUUGACGUGAGUUUUCUUUUGCCGUGUAUUAAGGGAAAAUGUGAAUGGAUUAUUUAUAUUUGUUCAUGUAUUAUAUAAUGUAAUAUAUUGUUAUGUUGUAUUAUGUGCUGCUUGAACUAUUAAUAAAUCUUUAAAUAAAAACUUUGCAUCGUUUUCUUUUUCAGUCACAAAUAACUAUUUCAAAUUAAGAUAAUAGAUAAAUAUAACCCUUAAAUACUAUUGGUUAGGUUUUUUACGACGCAAAGUGAUUUAAGCUAUUUUCCUUACUUUUAAAUCUGAAAUAAAUGAAUUUAAAUAAUUUAAUUUAAACUAUCGAUCGUGUAAUUAAAGAUCAUCAAUAAUAUUUGAUGACUGUUUAAGAUCAAUAGAACUGCCGGAAAUCAUUUUCUUACUUACGACAAUUUUGAUUAAUGACAAACUGUAAACUAAAUUGAUCUGUAAUCAGGCAUUGACAUUGUCACAGCUUUUAUGCAAAACAAAACAAUUUCACUAACACAAUCGGCAAACAAUAUUCUUUUCACUUAAUUAAACAUAAAUAUAAUAGAUCUACAUUUUGUAUUUUACAAAAAAAUAUAUAAAUAAAAUAAGAGUAGAAAAAUCUAUCUCCUCUGUCAUUUACAUAUCCUAAUUAUCUCAUUAUCCCCUUUGUUAAUGACGUUAUUAAUGUUAUAAGAAUAUAAUUAUAUUUCUAAACCAACCAAAUUAAGUUUCUGAACAUGGUACGAGUUGACCAAAAACUUUGGUCCGGGUCGUCCAUAGUAUAUGGUCCGUGUCGUCCAUAAUAUGGUCCGGGUCGUCUACAAAAUGAGCCUGUAAGUUAACUUUAAUAAAAAUGAGCAAUGUUAGUAAUAGACAUUAUUAGUAAUUCUGAAACUUUAAAAACAUGUAUUUGGUACAAAAUAGUGGCCUAGAACUUUACAAAAUACAGCUCAGUUCGUUCUGAAACGUGGUCCGGGUUGUCCCAAAUAUGGUCCGGGUUCUCUGGUCCGUAUUGUCCCAUGGUCCGUAU